AUGUUACGUGAAAAUAGUGAUACCAGCCAAGAUCCUAGCAUGAAGCUGACUAAGGUCAUCUUCGUUUUCAGACAUUAUUUUGAAGGUCAUCUCGAACUGGCCGAACAAACGACUUAUCUGACAGAAUAUGUUGAUUUAUUGGAGCAGCAAUUACUCAUUGAGGACGCAGAUUCCCGAGCUGAACGUGAACGAAAGAACCAAGUGAUGGUAGCGCACCCGAGGCAAGCUUCGUUACCGCUGUGCUCAGUGAUCGUGACACUAUACUACUGCUGUCGAUAUCAUUUUGGAGAGCCCGAGAGUGUUUUCACCAGUCCCAUGGCUAUUCGCGCUAGAUUUAAGCUAUCCGAAAAGCAGUAUGAAUGGACAGCGUUAUCUUCCCGAGCCAAGCUAAAACAAUGGAAAGGCCUUGAACAGAUGUUUACAGUAAAAGGAUGGUUAGGUAAAGUUAAAAUGAAAUCAGCAAUAGGAUUCACUCAAGUUGUCGAGUUACUUCAUCAACACGGUGCGACUGAACAGGUAUUACAAUAAAUAGAUAAAU